AUGGCUUGUCCCCCUACGGUUCGUUCGUUCUGUGGUAAGGGUCUGGUCAUUUUGAAAGUAAUUCUUGAAGCAGGUUCCGCCAUCAUGUGUAGGGGAAUAAUGGCUGAGCACGAGCACGACCACGACUUCCACACCGGUGACUCGGGUGCCGCAGCCACAUUCCCGAAACAGUGCUCGGCACUUCGCAAGAAUGAGCACGUCAUGCUGAAAGGACGUCCUUGCAAGGUAGUCGAAAUGAGCACUUCAAAGACCGGUAAGCAUGGGCAUGCUAAGGUCCAUCUUGUUGGUCUGGAUAUUUUCACGGGCAAAAAACUCGAAGAUAUCUGCCCGUCCACUCACAAUAUGGAUGUCCCAGUUGUUAAGCGCAAAGAAUACCAGCUCCUCUCCAUAAACGACGAUGGUUACGUCAGCUUGAUGGAUCUGGAUACGUGUGAAACAAAAGAUGACCUGAAGCUAGCAGAAGGUGAACUGGGCGAACAAAUUAAGCAGGCAUUCGAAAAAGACGAAAAUGGCAUAUUGUGUCUAGUGGUUUCGGCAUGCGGCGAAGAAGCAAUACUUGGGUUCAAGAAUAUGCCGAACAAGGACGAAAAAUGA